AUGACCGGCGCAGACGUCGAACACAGUGCGCAAAUCAAAAUUCACGGCGUCAUCCUGCACGCCAUCGACGCGCGCGACGUCGUCGCGAGCCGGCGGAGCCGCGUCGUCGCCAAAAAAUGAGUUACACAGGUCGCACCCGCGAAGCCGCCCAAGAAGAAGACGGCCCAGGAGAAGCGGCGAGACUUCGACCGCCAGCGCGACUGCGAGAAGUGCCAGCGGACGUGCAUGGACUGCAUCUAUCUGCCGUUUUUUCUCUGCGCGUCGUGUUGCUGCCGGUCGUGGGUCGCAAAGAAGCGUAAGGAAGAGGAGCACGCCAAGGCCAAGAAAAACCGCGAGCGCCGAGCCAAGGCCGAGGCCGAGGCCAAGGCCGAGGCCGUCCUCGCCGACCAGCCGAACCUCGCGGAGCCCCUCGGCAACAACGCGACGACGUAG